UUAACAAAACCCCCAGCCGCUCACGCAGCCAACUCACUCACUCAAUCAUAGCCAUGCACCCGGGCGCGCUUACCUCGCUGCUGCUCUUCAUGAGCGCAGCUCAUAGCUACGACGCUGCCUUCAAGUCUAUCAACGGAUUUCUGGAGUGCAAGAAAGCGCUCGGCGUACCCGCUUUGGAAGUGCUGCCGGGGGGCGGUUGGGACAACCUUCGCAACGUUGACAUGGGCCGGGUGAUGAAUCUCAACUACUCCCAGUGCCAAACUACAGAGGACGGGUUCUAUCUGAUACCGGACGAGGUGUUCGCGGUCCCGCAGAAGCAGAGCAAAGUCGAAAGCAGCUCUGAGAUUAUCGAGAGCUGGCUGGAGCACAAGAGCUCCGUGGCGCAUUCGAUCAACGCGGAGGUCUCGUUUUAUUCGAUGGUGAACGGGAAAUUCUCGACGGAGAAUCAGAGAGUCAAGACGCACCAGGUUCAGGACCGAGCGGUGACCACAAGGGUGCAGAUCAGAAACUUCAUGUACAGCGUGAAGGCCAACCCUGACUUCAUCUUCGACCCUCGCUUCAGGAAACAAGUGGAGGACAUCGCCAACGCCUUGGAGAACAACCAGACCAGGAUGGCCAACUACCUCUCCGAGAUGCUGGUCCUCAACUACGGGACGCACGUCCUGACUUCAGUGGACGCCGGGGCCAGCCUCGUCCAGGAGGACUACCUGAAGUCCUCCUUCGUCUCCGACGCGUUUGGAAGAAGGUCCUCCGUCGCCGCUUCGGCCACGGUCUUCUUCAACAUGGUCAACGUCGGCGUGGGAGGUUCCAGCAGUCAGGAGGACAGCUUUACCAAGCAGUACGUGGGCAACACAACAUAUUCCCUGACGGAGAGUCACGGGGGAGUCCCCUUCUACCCGGGCAUCACCCUCCAGAAGUGGCAAGAAAAUAUCGCCAACAACCUAGUGGCCAUCGACCGCUCUGGGUUGCCGCUGCACUUUUUCCUCAAUCAGGAGACCCUGCCGGGCCUCCCUGUGCCCACUAUCCGUAAACUCUCGAAAGCCGUCGACCGCGCCGUCCGGACCUACUACCUGAUCAACACCCGUCCCGGCUGCGUCAAUCUGGACUCGCCCAAUUUCAACUUCGAUGCCAACGUGGACGAUGGCUCGUGUGAGGGAGCGCUCACCAAUUUUACCUUCGGGGGAGUUUUCCAAAACUGUACGGAGCUCAGCUUGGAAUCCAGGGUUCUCUGCCAAGCCUUAGAGCAGAAGAACCCGUUGACUGACGGCUAUUCCUGCCCGGCUCCUUACCAAGCGGUCAAGCUGCGGACCGAAGACAAGGAGGAAGGCUACAACAACUAUGAGUGCCAUAGGCGCUGCCACGGCUGUUGGCUUUUUUUUGAGUGCUGCCAGAACGUCUGCGGAGACGUCUACCGGAUCCGGAAAGCCCGGUUCGAAGCCUACUGGUGCGUCGCCGCCAAGGAGCCGGUCCCAGCGGAUUCAGGAUACCUCUUCGGCGGACUCUACGGGCCUUCCUCCCAGAACCCCCUCACCAAAACCAGCUCCUGCCCUUUCAGCUUCGUCCCGCUCAAACUCCUGGAUGGCCUCAGGGUGUGCGUCAGCGACGAUUACGAGCAGGGGGCCCGCAACUCGGUCCCGUUCGGCGGCCUCUUCAGCUGUGAGGCCGGAAACCCGUUAUCUGAGGGCUCCCGUCAGAGCUGCCCGAAAGGUUUCAGCCAACAUCUGGCGGCGAUCAGCGACGGCUGCCAGGUCCUGUACUGCGUCCGUUCUGGAGAGUUCACCGGGGGACAGUUGCGACCGGUCCGGUUGCCUCCUUUCAUCCGCAAGCCCCUGCUAAGCUACGGCUCCACCAACACCGUCAUGGUCAUGACCGAGGGAGAGAUGUCUUGGAUCAAGGACGCCAAGAGCCAGAUGUGGAAACUGGCCAAGCCGGAAGACUUUCAACGGAUGACCCAGCUGCUGGACUCGCAGGGGGAGGGUUGGUCUGGGGGAGCCGUGUUUGGCGUGGUUUUGGGAGUGGUGGUUUUGGCAGCGCUUGGGUUGGGUUUGGCCGUUUACGGGAUCAAGCGAAGGCGCCGUCGGGGUUAUGGGGAAAUUAGGGAGAGCAGCGACGGGGAGAGAAGCGAGCGGGCUGUGGGAGGAGACAGUGAACCCCAAAUGGAAAACGAAACCGGUUCCUCUGAUCCGAGUCAGAUGCUCCUGGCUUAAUACCAGCGACUCGGAUUUCAGAAAGGUAAUGAGGUAGUGAUCGAAUCUUUUCUGAAAUCCGACCAAUCACUUAAAAUACGGCCAUGUGCAAAUGUGUCAGGACACCCUCCAGAUUUGUCUUUGAUAUCCUUUAUCUAUCCACCUGCAUGAAAACACCUCUGGCUGUGAGAAUUUCAAUUUCCACUCAGUAAUCAGGGACAUAGAAACACAGUCGCGUGUGAAAAUAUCAGACCGCUUUGUGUUUCAAUCAGGCGUCUUAAACAGCUUCUGAAAAGCCUCCUGUUUGACCGUUUUUCUUCCUGUUGAAAUGAAUUACACGCGUGUGCUAUUCAAGUCAUCAAUUCUAUUGCAAAACCUACUAAUUUGCCCAACAAUUAUCCAGUUUCAGUGUUUUGAUUUCACACGCACAGCAAAUCAAAAUACUACAGAAGCAAUGAGGGUGUUCUUAUAAAUGUGCACUCUGUUGUAGGUCUCAAAUGAGCAAUUUUAAAAAACAUUUUUCAUUAUUAACAUUGCAAGCUUGACCUCACUAAUUUGCCAAGCAUUUAAUAUAGACUUAAUUUAAUCACAGCAUUAGCUAAGCCUUGCACGGGUGAUCGUGUAGCACUAAAAUCUUAGAACCUUUAAUUUAGCAGUUAAGGAACUGUAACAAUGGUGAGGCAUUGAUUAAAUCUAUUAUUAGUAAUUACUAUUAUUAUCCAAAGUGACUUCCAGAAACUGGGGGGGGGGGGGGGG